AAAAAGAUCAGUCAUGACAGCUGAUUGGAAGCUGGUUUCUUCUUUCCGACUAAGCAAAUAUUUAAAAGAAGGUUAUUCAUCAACUCUGCAUAGCUUACAAAAGAUCUGGCUUGAGAUCCAAACUGAAUUGGUGAAAUUUUAAAAUGGUCUUGUGCAGACACAGCUUGCUGCUCUUCAGCUUCCUUUGUGUUGGAUUCAUUUCGUGCAUCUCAGUGUUUUUACAGAAACAGGAAGCUGAAAAAGUGCUGAGGAUCAGAAAGAUCAGGGCCAAUAACUUCCUAGAAGAGGUCCUCCCAGGAAACUUGGAGAGAGAAUGCUAUGAGGAGAGCUGCUCCUUUGAGGAAGCAAGAGAAAUCUUCCAAACCAAGGAAAAAACUGCAGAGUUUUGGUAUAGAUAUAAAGGUAUGAACCCUUGUCUUUACAACCCUUGUCAAAAUGGGGGCAUAUGCAAAAUCGAACACUCAAACUUCUACUGUCUUUGCCCUCCACGCUAUGAGGGAAAAUACUGUGAAGCAGAAAUAUUUGAAUGUUCUUUUAAGAAUGGUGGCUGCCAGCAAUACUGCACCAACUGGCUGCGCUCUGUCGGAGUGUACUGCAGUUGUGCCGAUGGCUACAAGUUGGAUGAAGAUGGCAAGAGCUGCAAUAGAGAAGUCCGAUUUCCAUGUGGGUGGAAGCAGAUGGACUUUUCUAAGACCCGUUCACUUUUGGAUGAGUACUUCUUGAACCACACCGUGGGAUAUGACCUUCCAGAAUUCAAUGAGACUGUUGUAUCUGGGAAUGCCACAAACCAGACAUUUCCAGAGGAAGAGGGUGACUCCCGGAUUGUUGGCGGCAUGCUAUGUCAGAGAGGAAUGUGUCCGUGGCAAGUUUUCCUACACUGGAAAAAUGACUUUGGCUAUUGUGGUGGGAGCCUAAUUAAUGACCGUUGGGUUCUCACUGCUGCCCAUUGUGCGGAGGAAUCAUCCCCUGAAUACAUCACAGUAGGAAAUUUUGACAAAUUCACACGAGAGGUGGAUGAGCAGAUGAUCCAAGUGAAGAAGGUGGUGAGUCAUCCUCAUUACCAUCCCGCCACAUAUGACAGUGACAUUGCCUUGAUCUUGCUGGCUGAACCAGUAAAAUUCAAUGCUUACGCCUACCCCAUCUGCCUACCCAAUGCCAAUCUAGCUCAACUGCUGUUGCAGGAAGGCACCAUGGGACAGGUAAGCGGUUGGGGAGCCACACGGUUCAAAGGAACCUCCUCACGCUUUCUACGUAGAGUGAACCUUCCUGUUGUGGACCAGCAGGCGUGUGCAGCUACCACCACCCAGGUUAUCACAGACAACAUGUUCUGUGCCGGCUACCUUGAAGAAACUAAGGAUGCUUGUCAAGGAGACAGUGGUGGGCCUUUUGCGGUCAACUAUAAAAAUACUUGGUAUUUAACAGGAAUAAUCAGCUGGGGAGAAGAAUGUGCCGCCAAAGGAAAAUAUGGCGCAUACACACGCAUCUCAAACUUUUUCUCCUGGAUUAAGGAUACAAUGAAAGCCCACUCAGAUAAUCCAUAAUGUGCACUUUCACAGUAAUGAUUACUUUGUGCAUUGUCAUUGCAAAAAUAUUGUCAGUCCUGUAGAAAUCAUACAAGAUCUUUUUGAAAAUGUGAAUGCUUCUAAUAUUUUAAAGAAAUAUUAUGUUCCAGUGAUAUAUUGUAUCAGACACAUUUAACUUUGAAAUGCUCUUGGCUGCGAGUCAUAAUGCGUCCCAAUGAGCUGCUGUAGUUAGAUGUAUGUAUGUCUGCCAGUCAGCUUUUAUUUCUGGUCAGUAAGUGACACAAUAAAGCUGGACCUCCUUUUGCA